AGCGCGUACACGCUUACGACAUGGGCGUGACGUCUCGCCCAAUCAUUAUGCGAUGGAAGUACACCAAUGGCAGUCGGAAGCGUGCAACACAUGACUGCGUUAUUGUGUUAUCGUUCACAGUCAAGGGCGUUCGACUUCCCUCUCACGUCGAUUUGCAAACAUCCGAAUCCUUACAGAGAAGUUGGCGCUGCGCGGAUGCGGUGGUGCCCGUCCUCGCGUCCUCAAGGUGCAGCCAAUACCGGUGUGCUCCAAGUUCUAUGAACAGCUCCGAGACGUCGUGUAUCCCUCCCCUGGACUCAGUCAGCUAUACGGAACGCUCUCUCUCUCUGUCUUCCACUCAUCUCGCUCUCUCCUGUUGGCACCGCUCUACGCUUAGAACUGUUUGACAUACAACAUGCCAGUCAUGAACCGACCUGAGAGAACGUCGGCUUUGAUCCCACCAGAUCAGGAUGUUGAAGAGAACGCAAUGAAUCACGACCCCAGCGCGACGCCGUCGCCGACCACCGCCGUCAAUUCAACGACCUUAGGCUCCAACGGAGGCAAUGGCUCCAGACCGUCACCGUCGGACCCGGCCCUUACAGGUACUACGAGAGUGUCCCCGUUGCCUGAUGAAACUACCCCAACUCAGUGGCAUGGGCUCGACACGUCACAAGGGGCAAGUGCGCCUUCACAAAGUGACUCGGAGCCGAACGUGAAUUCCAGCGGACUGCCAGGUGCUCAGGCUUCCACGACCAAGGAUACGAAAUUGGGAGACAUCUCAUUGAACGAUGCGACGGAACGAUUUGAAACGUCCUUGGUAAACGUACUGAGGAAAUUCGUGGACCAGAAGAAGUACCAAGGCGCAGACGACGAACUCUCUGAAGCCUGGUCGACGUUGGCCAAGGAAGCUUGGUCGACCGAAAAGCAGCGCGUCGAACGAUGGCGGAAUGAAAUCAAUGCACUGCUGGUCUUUGCUGGCUUAUUCUCUGCUGUCGUCACUGCCUUUGUUGCCCCAUACUAUGCUGGUUUGCUGCCAGCUCCUGACUUCAACACAGAUAUCUUGGAGCAGCAAACACAAAUCUCGGCGAGUACAUUACUGGUCCUCGAACGGAUAUCCUCGCAACUCGGUGGCGCGACGACGGGUGCUGCCGUCACGGUCGCCUCAUCGUCGUUGGCGGCUGCCAGUGCCAUGGACUCUUCACCGUCUAGUAGCCCCUCACUGCCACCCGGUCCACCGCGAUGGAUCGCCACCGUGUGGUUCAUCUCCCUGGUAUUCAGCCUUUCCGCGGCCUCCGUCGCGUUAGCCAUCAAUCAAUGGCUGAAUUUCCACGUCGAGCAAACCGGGCUGCGAAGUGCACCUCAGAAACUAUGGACCUGGCGGCUCCGAAGGGAUGCGAUCGACACGUGGAAGGUCGAAUCCAUCGUGGGCCUCCUUCCCUGCCUCUUGCAGAUCGCACUUGUGCUCUUCCUCGUGGGCAUUAUUGGUUAUCUUAUGGAGAUCGGGCCCGACAUCGCUGCCCCGAGCGCGGUCUUCAUUGGCCUACUGCUUCUAUUCCUCGUCGCCACUUCCUUUCUUCCAGCACUCACUGAAUACAGUCCAUACAAGUCACCGCAAGCGUGGUGGAUAUGCCAAGCCUGCAGAUCGAUGCAGUAUAUGCUUUGCUGGUUCGUCCUCCGGCUGUGUCGUGUGACCCUCAGCUCCCUGGGGAUUGGGCCUCCGACUAGAACUUCGUCUCUGAACGCAGAUCGCAUAUACAGAUGGAUGGAGGCGCUCCGUGUAUCUAUCGCUCAGCAUCAAGCGCACCUGCAUACAUUGAUGAAGACGAACUGGCUCGGC